UAGUGAGUAGGUGCGCGUUGUUGAGUGUGGUUCCUUACGUUACUCCUGAUCUCCGAAGCGCGGAGGCAAAUUCUUACCCUGACUUCUCGUAGCAUUUCUGCAGAAGGCAGUAUGGAAACUGAUUUACUUGCAGCGGUAAAUGGCCAUUGAAGGAGUGAUGAUAAAAAUUUAAAAAGUUUCGCAACGGGCUUCCAGUAAAUUAGACUCAUGUCUUUUCACUUUUUCCACUGAAGACUUUAAAAAAACAUAAUAAGAUUAACCGAAGAAAAGUGUUAUGCAUCGUACUGUUACAAUGAAGAUUCAAGAAGUAUUUAUACUCACUAUCGUACUGAUAAACAUUAAAUAUGGUCUGUGUAUCUGCUAUUUUCCUGGAGAGCUGCAGGGAGUCUGGGCCACCCAAAAAUCGGUCACUACGAGUUCUAGAGGAACCCGUUCACCAAUAGCCUACCAGGAGGUCACCAUAGAGGCUGACGUGAUCCUUCAGUGGGGCAUGUGUCACGCCCGAGAAGAUAACAGCGUUAUACUGAAAGACAACACGGGUGGUACCAGAUGCUUCCGAUGUAUAUACCUGAAUGUGGCUUCUCCGAGAGUCGUGCAGGUUUGGACGAUGGGACUAGAGACCUGCUACAUGAGCGAGGAGGCUGCUCGUUCGACAUGCCCGCCCAUGCAAGCUAUUGCCUCCAGGAGGGCGAGGGAGAUCAUGCUGUACAAGGUCAAAUCAGCAUUUGGCGAACCUGAAACCAGUGAAGUGGAAUGCCCAUUGAACGGCCGCUUCACUUUCACCUACAGGAGGGGCCACAAUGGUGCUUCCACCAGUUACUGUAAUCAACAGACCUCCGAGUUUUCGAACUGUCCUUAUGGAAUCGGAUUCAACGUCCUUUAUAAAGACUGCUCUUUCCCGUCUCCUUUGCGUUCUGGCCUACAGUGCUUGGGCUCUUGGAUUGGUGAAGAUGACGUCGACUAUUUGGCAGUGAUAGAUACUAGUGUCAAAGAGGGUGAUGAUGCUCCCAAGUUUAAAUGUGGGAUGUUCCAUGAGGAAGUGGGAACAGGUCGUGUUUUCUUGGCCUUCAGUGAAGACUCGACUUGCGCUAAUAGCCUCAAAUCCCCUCGAGAUGGGUAUGAGACAUACGAAAUGGUGUCCACUCCACCACCGCCUCUGCCGCCUUUUGUCACCGAGGCCACUUGUAAGUUUCCCAAGUCUCUGAUGGGGCACUGGCACCAUACCUACGUUGCUGAUGAUACCGUCCCGUUUAAAGAUUAUCGCAACUUCAAGACGUACAGCGCCCGAUGUGUCAAGGACAUGAGUGACGGGGAGAGGUACAUCGUCUACUCUCGAUCCCAUUGUGGAGACUGGAGCUAUAACUGCCUGUGGCUGAAGCGUCGAAGCGCCAACGUUCUGGAGUUUAUGUUGGGGCUGUAUCCACGAGAAACGUUCGAUGAUCUGCUCUGUGAAGUUGACAAGUUUGGUGACAUGACAUCGUGGACUACCCAAGGAAAAUCCCUCAUAGAAGAACCAACCAUGUGCCCUAUUGUUGGGAAUUAUGUGGGUGCCUUGCCUGAUGCCAGCGGUAUAUGUGCCCAGCUGUACUCAGAUUGUAGCAAUCCACAAAUUAUGUUCUACACUGUCAGUGACUGCAGUAAUUUCAGUGCUGUAUAUGAACGUGAUCUGCCAGGACCUACAAGUGAAGCUGGACCCUGGCUACCCCCUGAGCAGAAGGUGAGCACAGGUGCUGUACUCACCAUUGUUGAUGAUACUUAUAGACGUGGGCGUCGUCAAGUUAGCGAGGGCCAAUUACGGGUUGCUAAUGCUCUGACAACCACUAUCUCUUGGCUGUGGGGUUCUAGCACUACUUCUGAGACCACCACCACAGCAUUAGGAACCACCACCACCACCACAACUACAAGUUCACGCUCCCAUGCAGUACCAGAGUGGCAACGUCCACAACCAUCUAUGGCUGAUGGUCCAUUGCAAGAUAGGAAUUAUGAGAGAAUUAAUCGAGAUCCAUUGCAAAACAGGGAUUAUGAGAGAAGAAUUAAUCCAGAUCCAUUUCAAAACAGGGAUGAUGAGAGAAGGCUUAAUCCUGAUUUGUUUUCAGAAGAUGGAUAUCAUCAGCCAAAUACACCCCUUCCAGUGCCACCAAAGCAAGAUAGAUAUGAUUCUGUUGGAUUUUGGCCUAGGAACAGAAAUGAACAUGAGUUUUCUUUUGAGAGGGCUUCAUCACCUACUGCAGUAUCUACUACACCCCCAGUAUUUGUGCCCGGACCUAUAAGAGAACUCGACUCAGAUCCAGAGCCUGGAGUUCCUGGUCGUGCUACUUGGGUACCAGGUUCACCACCAGGUUUCAACGCUCAGUCAACCCUUGAAAACCAACAAAUUCCUGGAAAAGAAGACUCUUCUGCUCAUGAAAGCUCUCGUGUACACUCACCUUUAGCAUCCCAAGAAUCAAUAAUAAGGACCCAAGAUGAUUCUUCAUUUCUUGCUGCUUCUGUUUCUAAUCGCCAGCCACUCAAGCAAGGUAUGCAUGAAAGGGAAGACAGAUAUGCUUGGGACAACAGACAUAAAUACCCACGGGGUUAUUGGCUGACAGCAGACCCACAGAAUUUUGCUGGUCAGGGAAGCUUUUCCACUGAAGCAAGUUUUCAAUUUGGUAAUGUUGUUAGAGAGAGAAAUUGGGGAAACUCACGGGAUUCUAAAUAUAGCAUGACAGACAAUGAUAAAUUGCAUGAGACUUCAAGAGAACCAGAUUUGGUUUCACAUAAGAAUAAUGAAGACCGUAGUAACUCCUUCCUUAGUGACUCUGCACCCUCAAGUCUUGAUCAUUUAGUUGAUCUAACCACCCUUUCUCCUUCAGUGUCUAAUUCCUGGAGACCUUUUUCAGGAUUGUCCCCCAACCCUCUUCUUCCUUCACCCAACUUGACCUUAAAAAUUGAAUCUGAACGCACAAACUACAAACAGUCUGGUGUUGAAUAUGCUGUUUCUGACAACUAUGAUAAGGUAAGAGAGACAAAUUCUGGAAUAUCAGAACACAGACAAGGAGUAUUAAGGAAACCUAGUGGAAGGGGCUAUUGGGGUUCAUCAGAAGAUAACAGGGGUGGUCACUUAUCUAAUAGAAAUGAAAACAGCGAUUACAGACAAACAUUUAGGCAGUUAACUCUUAACAGAAGUUCAGAAACAAUUUCAGGCAGACCAGGUGACUAUUUAGGAAGCCCAACAAACUCUCUCUCUAUAGAUAUAAAUAAACAAAAAUUUAAAAAUAGUGUCAGCGAUCAAGCUGCUGGCAGUCAUUUAGAUUCAAAUUUUGUUAGUAGCAGUAAUGGACACAAACUGGAAAUUGGACCCACAAGAGUUGGACAUGAUAUAUCAACCAGUGGCGAUACACAGGGGAGAGGAAAAAUUGGAAGAUUUCCAAACACUGAUAAGCCUCAUCAAGGACAUAGCAGUAGAGGGACUGCUUCUCUUGGAAGCAUCACACUGCCCAAAAGGAAAGGUCAGCUACAGAAUCACUUUAAAGAGCGAGAGUACCAGUGUUUGGGACAGUGGGAAGAGGAAGGGCGAAUAUAUGCAUUGACGUAUCGAAGAGAUAUACGAACUUACGAAUGCUUUGUUGGCAUUAUAAGGUCUAAUGGAGUCGUUUUUAUAAAAGAAGCUGGAACUGAGUGCUCAAGAGGAGUCCAACCUGAAGUGCUUGGGAUGAAACUCCAUAGAAAAGGAGACUCAUGUCCUCAGUCUUCGCCAACAUCUCAAGCUAAUAAAAGUUCUCCAAAAGAAGACACGAGACCCAGAACAAUGCAGCCCCCAUGGCUAAGGACAACGCGUCCUUGGAAGCCUAUUACAGCUGCUCUAACAAUAGAAAAUCUGAUAGUGUCAUGUAAGGUAGGUAUGGUAUGCAAGAGUGCUGGUAAAGAAGAAAGUUCCCCUGAAAAUUUGUACUUGUUCUUGAAGAGACGAACUGACAAAAGGAGAGUCCAUCAGAUUAAUUUUGGUAAAAAUAUUCUGGCAUCAGAAAAUGCCAUCAUGAAAAGAAUUUUAAAUUCAAUGAAAUUAGAGAACAACAAAGAAAUUGGGGGCCUAAAGAAAUAUUUUGAAACUAUGCUGAAGAGAUCGAAGAGAGAGUCUCAUGAAAAGACGUCUGUCUUGAAAAACUCAGAAAGUGGUGACUCAUCUAAAAAGGAUGACGAUUUUCCUUACUCUGAUGGUGGCCAACUUGAAAAUGAGAUGCCUUACAAAGGUCACUCCCUGGAAGAUCCCAAGACAGAGCACAACAGUGAAAGUAUUCAUCUUACUGCCACCAGUGAUACAUAUGCAGAAGAAAGUCUUCAGACUACGAAUCCUGAAAUCAACAAAAGGCAAAAGGAAAACCUUUGUGAAUCUAGUUGCCAGCAAAUUAAUGAUGAUGAGCAAAUGAAGGGAUUGGAUUCAAAUGGAGAUGCAAAUAGUCAGAAUAAAGAUACCAUGACAUUUAUUCCAACCACUGAUCACUUGAAUUUUACUCCUGAGCUUGCAAGUAAUAGACGUGCCAUAGUAUCUUCGUAUCUGAAUGAAAAGAAUGAUAGUUAUAUAAAUUUCAACAGCAGUUCAUUUUCAUCUGUUGAUAUGGCAAAUGACACACUACUUAAUUUUGAAAACCACAAUCGUUCACAAAAUGUAGAUAUCAGCUCAUAUCUGCAUGAUUUGCAUAAGGAAAGUUUAAACCAUCGACACAGUCCAAGUCACUGGUCCAUUGGUGUUCAUGAGGAUGAUAGCAGGAAAGUUUCAAAAUCAGCGCAGUAUUUAGAUCCAUAUCCAACCAUUUUAUUGGAUUAUAAACCAGGUACUACUGAAAGGGUUAGUAAUACUUCACACCUAGAACCCAAAGAUCUUGAAUCCGUUCAUAGCCAUGGGGAGGAUUUUGUUCAUAGCCAUAGGGAGAAUUUUGAUAACAGUGGUCAUAAUCAUGGAGAUACUCAUGAACUUGAAAAUUCUUAUGAUACCGAUGAUGAUGAUGAUCAGUUACAAAAUAAUGAUCACAUUCAUAAAGAGAAGCAUGUGACUUUCCAUGGCCAUAGAUAUGAGACUGAUUACACACAUCCCCCAGUAGAUAGAUUUGACAUUAAGGAAGAGAAUACAAAUGGUAACAUUGACAACACGAACAUGUAUGACUAUAAAGAUGACCUUGAUUAUGAAAAUAGUCAUGCUCAAACAGACAGCCUUACUAAUGUAGAGGACAGUGUUCCCAGAUCUGGACAUAUUCAGAAGGACGACCUUGCUCACGAAGAUGCUCAUGAUGAUCAUAAACGGGACCAUGCUAUUUUAAUAAGGUAUGGGCAAGCCGAUGAACAGGAUCACACAAGUGAUGAUCAUCAUGGUCAGCACCAGACACACACAGCAGUUCCUUUUGCCAAUAAAUCUGCCGAUAUUAGUGAAAACCACACUAUAGAACAUGACGAAAUUGCAAGACAUAUCAUGCCCCAGAUAGAUGAAGACUUCCCCAUUUUAUUGCCAAGUGAAGAUAGUCAUGGUGAUUACUCAGACCUCAUUGUUACAAAAGGUUGUCAUGAUGGUGGCUUAGGAAAUCAGAGCUCCAUACAAAAUACAACAAAUAUAUUUCAAGUAGCUAACUGUUCAGAUGAAUGGAGGAACUUUGAAAACGGCACAACGGAAAUUGAAAUGGAUACUACCACAGAAGACAGUGACAUUCCGAAGAUCCCCAUCAGUCUCCUCGAGUAUCCAACAGUUCUUCCGACAACAGUCAAGCCAUCUCAUGUGACUCUUCCUCCCAUGAUUUGGCAGCCAUUCGCUCAGCCAGGUCGUCCACGUCACCGCGGCUCAGGGAGUUCGGGAAUAAGUGCAGCAUCAGAGCCACUCCUCAUUGGGCUUAUAAGUUUUCUAUGUAUUUUUUCAAAUAGAGUUUAGUGUCGUGUUUCUUUAUUACAGUAUGUAUUUAACUAAUAUAUUUUAUCUUCAUAAAAUGUUGUAUGGGUUUCAAAGCAAAAAAUUCUGUGUAAUAUUUUCGGCUUUACAAAUGUUUAUCAAUCUCUUAUUAAGGUGUGUCAGUACUUAAUGGCGAUACCAUAAUGACCUUACAUUUUUGAGCUGUGGCAAGAUUUUACUAGUUGCUAGGAUAAAAAAUUAGUCAAAAUAUUAUUAUGGUGUUGAAAAUUUAUAUGUUAAGAGACACUGUUGAGGUUAUCACAUUAGUAGUUCCACACGUUACUAAUGAUACAGUUAGAUUUAAAGUAUAAUACUGAUGUUAUUAAAGUCAGUAUGAAAUGUUUUGUGAACCCUCUUCACUACAACACUGUUGAUUUUAUCUAUUUAUGGUUUUUACAUGUAAAUUUAAUGAUUUUGUAAAAGUUUAUUAUGGACAAGAGCUUUAACUUUUUUUUAUAAAUAAAUCCUUGGAGUAAACACUAUUUCACUUCACAGGUGAAGAUUUGUGUCAUAUAAUUGUAGGUGUAUAAAGCACAUAAUUAAGGUAGUUUCAAGUUGUUCGUGUUUUCUUGUGGUGCACACACACUACAGUAUUUGUAAGCAGUUUCCUGUAUUUCCAAGCAUAUUCGGCGAAAAAAGCCAAAAAUAUUUCUGCGUGAUUUUUUUUAUCUGAUUUUCAAGUCACAACUUUUCCACAUAUUACUGUACAUUAGAUUUUUAUAGCACCAAUAAUCCUUCCAUAUUCUCUGAAUUACUGACAGCUGUCACACUGUUAUUUCCAAGUAAAUUUUUUGGCUCAUUUCAAAACAGGACAUUUGAUGUGUUAAACUUCAAUCUUGGGAGCAUAAUUAGACUUUUGCCCAGUUUUUUAUAACAUGUAUAUUAAUACUUGAUGGUUAUUACUUAUAACUGAUUAAUCUGAUUUUUUAGCUAUUUAAAAUUUUUACCAACUCAUAUAUUGAUAUGUUGAGUGCAUCAUCUCUUGAUCUUAUACUUGGUAUCCCGUAGUUACGAAUUUAACACCAUGGUACAAGUUUUAAUCCCCUGUCUCCUUGUAUGUUCACUAUGUUGGCACAGUUUACAUCAGAAAUUACACACAUAGUCAUUGCAGAAUCAUUUAAUUUUUAUUUUGCGUCAAUUUUAGUUUUUCAAGCCCAUUACAGUAUCUUUUGUAUUGUGGUACCUAAAAGCAAACUAACCUCACUAACUUGUAUAAAAGCUGAUAAAGUGCUGUCAUAUUGAUCCCAACACUGUACUUAUUAAAUUGAAAUCAUUUGUGUGCCACUUGACAAGUGUCAAGGGAUAAUGAUCAUUUAGCAAAAGUAUCCAGUUUUGUACUUAAACCUUUAAGCAAUAGCUUACAUAAUUUCAUCCUAAACAUAUUAUUUCACUGCAAAUACCACCACUCUCUGUGCCCUACCUUAGGCAUGAAAAUUUUAAUAAACAGGACUCCUUUGUACUGAAUAUUAAGCAUCUUAUUAAUUUCCUAAAAUAAAUAAUGCAAUGUA